AUGCCCAAGAGUUACAAGUUUCUGUCCGAAAAAGCAGUCAUCAUGGAAAGCUACAACAUCGUGGGAAGCGGUACACCCGGAGCGUUGUUUCCCCUACUUACAGGCAAGCCAGUAGAAGAACACCCAGAUACUAGAAAAAGCAUAACGGAAACAAAAGUUGACGAUAAAUCUUUCAUUUUCCAUCUGGUUAAGCAAUAUGGGUAUCGCACGGCGUACUUCGAAGACUCGCCAGAAAUAGGAACUUUUCAGUACAAGUAUAAUGGGUUUCGUCAUCAACCUGCAGACCACUAUCUCCGUGCCCUACUAUUAGAGAAAGCAUAUCAUGAUCCACAUCGGUACCAAUACCACUGCCUAGGUGCUAUUCCACAAUAUCAGGCGUAUCUGAAUCUCGCUAAUGAGUGCAUACAGCUAGAUGGCAACAAGUUUUGCUUUACGUUUAUAUCAGACAUCAGUCAUGACGACUUCAACCUGAUCUCAACUGCAGAUGAAGCAGUUCUCUCGUUCUUGGAAACUUUAAAUGGAAGGAAGGUUUUUGAAGACACCCUCGUUAUAGUUAUGGCAGACCAUGGACAUCGGCACUCAGCAUUCCGUUCAACGUAUCAAGGAAAAAUUGAGGAACGUACGCCUCUAAUGGCUAUCAUCUUACCAGAAAAGCUAAAACAACGUAGACCCAAUGCCCUGAAAGCGCUUAGACAAAAUAAAGACGUGCUGACCACACACUUUGAUCUACAUACGACACUACUUGACGUGUUAGACUUGAAGGACUACAGCAAUAAGUACAAAGUGCCCGGCUCUGAUAUACCGAGAGCUAUGACUUUAUUAGAACCGAAUAUAAUUUAA